UGUUUUGGCAACUCAGAAUCCAGAUAGUCCGCAGUCCCGCAUGAGAACAAGCAUUACACAGCAAAAAAAGUACUGCAGUGCUCCUGCGCACACAGUCACUCAGAUUUAGAGGAGUCUGCAGCAUCCCUCUUCGGUACCCGACGCAUCCGAACCACACCCUGCUGAGACAUCGGACAAGAUGGCUGAAAAAGACUCACAUCCUCCGGCAGGGAGCCUCUCCCCGGGACAACUUCAGUCCCUCCUUAAGAUGGAGCCGAAAACACUAGGAGCAAUCCAGAUUGUUAUCGCAGCUUUAAUUCUCUGCCUGAGUGCUUCAGUACUUCAGAUUCAUGAGGUCCACUUCACCGGUGAUGUAGCCCUGUUCUUGAUUGUUAUGAUACAGGUGACCUUGUCUGGAUCCGUACUGAUCCACAGUGGCAGGAAACCGUCUCUGUUAGCGGUCAAAUGUGUCCUAGUGCUGCAUCUCAUCAGUGCCGCGUUUACAACUGCUGCUCUCGGCUUGAUGUCAAAACACCUUCCCUACCGGCAGGACUCGUACCACUGUGAACACUGCCGACGUAUGGAGCUUCAUGCAGUGCAACAUUGUUUCAGGAAAUGCACCGGGCUGAUCGAGCAAAAGUGUAAACUAUUGAUUGAUGGGAUUCUGGGGACGCUGGUGGUCUUCUUGGUGCUGGAACUGCUGAUCUGUAUCACUGCUAUGCUUUUCGGACUCAGUGUUCUGGCUGCUCGUGGAACCCAAGUUGCCAGACAAGGACCAGUUUAUCCGCAGACUCGCCCGCCUGUGGUGCACGUGGCUCCAGGAGGACCAGCAGUGUCCCCAGCAACACCUGAAGCAGCUGUGACACCAUCAGCCGAGGCCAUUCAUGUGGUCCAUGUUGCUCCGGCUGCUGCCGACCCAUCUCAGGUUACAGUGAUGGUGACAGAAUCAUUUCUUCAACAGUCUGAGGACAGAAGCCCCCCCACUGAACCUCAGGUGGAGCCCAUAUAACAAGAGGAGACCUAGUCAUUUGGUGGAAAGAUAUUCUAACUCCUAAUGGUAUUGUGUAUAGCAUUACAAAAAUUAUGCACAUUGAUUAACCCAAAACGUCAUCUUUGGUGUAUACCUCUUGUCUUCAUUCCAUUCUGCACUCUGCACUCGUUCUUAGUUGCCUUUUUCUAAAAUUUUGUCUUCAUAAAAUAUGGUGCUCAGCGCAUUGUUUUCUUUUUGUUGAAUGUGUGAAUUACAAUUGUUACAAGUUAGUACUGUCAUUGAUUGAUACGUGGAGGCAAUACUCACAGGGUUCGAAGUUGUUGACAUCAACCCCAAAAAAGCCUUCGCUUGACCUGUCGUAUCUUUUCAUCUCUUUUAAGGAUUGCACAUUGUUACAGAAAUACAACACCAUCAUUGCCAUGUUGUACAAUGAACAUUUUGCUUCACUCAUGAUCACAAAAGUAUCAGCCAACUGUUUAACAGACACAUAGCUUCACUAUUCGUUUACUAGUUUUAUCACUUUUAUUACUUUCUUAUGAGUGUGAGGCAUGCCACCAAUGGGGCGCCAGAGGACUUCAGGGGAGGAAGACCAAGAAGUGUCAUUUGCCAGAUUUGCCAGCUAAGUGUAUUGAAGAAUGUUUCAAAACCUCCAAAAGAUGUCGAAAUGUGGAAAGCAAGACACUAAAAACAUUGAAGUCUUAUGAACGUGUUUAAAAAGAUAUCUGUGCACAUGAGCCAAAAAGUUGGAGUUCAUACAAACAUGUUUAAGAAGACAAGUUAACAAAUAAAGACGUCUUUAAAAUGGAUUGUUUAGACCUUUUCAU